AAGCCGUUGUGCAAACUUCAGUAUUGUUUUUUGUGUAUGUGACAUGUUGGAGAAAUCAAGUCGUCAAUAAAAAUAAUUUUUCCGUGCGUUUUUUCAUGCAGUUUGGAAUGAAAAAGAUGUGAUGUCCCUGCAAUAAAUAUCAGUGAAAAGUGUUUGUGAACAAUCGCGACAAUGUAUUUUCCGGUUGGCUGGCCUAAAAUACUCGAUAUCGCGGAAACGGGAGAUAGUUGUCAAUUGCUGAAGAUUUGUUGUGACCGAGUUAAGAUUCUCUUUGCCAUUCUCACGGAAGACAGCCUGAGAAUCUGGUACACAAAGCCAUGUGUGCCAAUUGUCUGCCAUCGACGGAGUGCAAAAUCGAUAGAAAAACAUGGGCGGAACAUGUUGGUGGAGUGGAAGCCAGAUUCCAGCAUGCUUGUGGUUGUGACGGAAGAGGGAACCCUGUUGCUAUAUUCCUUGGGAGUGGUUGACACACCCAAAGGAAUCUACAAUCAGAUUGAUUCCCCAUUUCAGAACCUCCGUCGAGACAGUGCUGAGCUGUUUGUCAAGGAGACCAUUCCUUGUCUCAUGCUGGCACUGUCUCACGAGGUACCACUCUUUGUGCCUGUCACCUGCAUCUCCUGCGUCAGCAUCUCGCAGAUGAUGGUGGCCACGAAGGCAGGAAAGGUGCUACGGAUACGCUGGGAUGGAGUGGAGGAGCGCGAUUUCUCACUGGAUCUCAAACGCAUUCCCUUUAGUGUGAAUCAACAAGUUAGCUAUGCUGUGCCAAUUUUAGAAGAUAAGGUUCAUAUAACUUCAAUGGAUUACUCUCCACUUGUGGGUGGUUUUGCAAUAACGCUUAACGACGGACGAGCCGCCUUUCUCACGGCAAACAACCUCAAGUUUGAUCCAAAUCAAGUUCAAGGAAUAUGGGCUCAAAAUAUUGAUGAUGCUAGUUGUGCCACGAUAAAUCAUAAAUACCGUCUCAUUGCAUUUGGACGCAAAAAUUCUCAAGCUGUAGUUUAUACAAUAGACGAUUUGACUGGAGGUCUAGAGAUGUCUCAUGCAUUGAUACUCAGUGCCAAAGAUUUUCCCGGGUCUCCGGGAGCUGUUAGGGAGAUGAAAUGGACUCCAGAUGGUUGUGCAGUGGUGCUUUCAUGGUGUAAGGGUGGGAUUUCGCUUUGGAGCACCUUUGGGUCAACACUGAUGUGUUCUCUGGGGUGGGAUUAUGGGCUCAAUGUGGAUCUAGCCAGGCACAAUCCGUUGGAUAUUUUAUCAAUGGAUUGGUCCACGGAAGGGUAUCAAUUGUUUAUGGUGCGUCAGACAAAUGCAGCUGAAGUUGAGGGUGAAAGUACCUCAGUAGAAUCAUCGAGAUCUCUUCUAGUUUUGGAUUUUGUUAAAAGCUCAAUGUCCGUGAACCCGUGCAUGAGCUUCCAUUCGCAUCUUCUGCUGCAGGGCGAUGAUAAAUUGUAUAUGAAUCAGGGUGAGAGUCUCCGGAAUAUUCACUACAAUUCACGCAGCUUCGGCACAGAUCUCCGGACAUUUGAUUCGCCCUUCUACACGGGCUGCAAACAGACCAACUUCUUUGCCACAUCCUAUAGUAUCUGCACGACAAGUUACAUCAAUGAUGGAGAGAUUAAGCGUGUGGCCAAUGAUGAUGCCAUGUAUCAUUCAGAUGACUAUGAGCUGGGAAAAUCACUGCAAGUCACUAAUAUUCUGUCGGAGAGCAAACACUGGAUUGUUGUGCAACUUCCCACAGCUUAUAUGGCCAGCAAUUGGCCAAUUCGAUAUAGUGCAAUAGACAAAAGUGGAGUCAAUUUGGCCGUUGCUGGCCGUCUGGGCUUUGCCCUAUAUUCACUAACCACACGCAAAUGGAAGUUAUUUGGCAAUGAGACGCAGGAGAAGGAUUUUGUGGUGACAGGUGGACUGUUGUGGUGGAAUGAAUUCAUCAUCAUGGGCUGUUACAGCAUGGUAGGGCAUAGUGAUGAGAUUCGGCUGUAUCCGAAGGAUGCUAAGUUGGACAAUCGCUUUGCCAAAAUAAUUCCGUCCAGUGCACCAGUUGUACUGAUUAAUCUCUACAAGGAUCAACUGAUUGUCUUCACCAAUGAUGGCUUUGUGACGAGUUUUGCAAUAACACGACAUGACUCACAAACUGUCGAUUUAAUGACAUUCCGUCUGUAUGAUAUUAGAGAACUGUGUGUCCAUCCAGCGUGCAUUGUUUCCGUUACGAUGACCAAUCUCAAAAAUGAGAGCAUUCCACGGGCUAAUCAAGCGAGUCAACAAUCAGAGACCUUGAUCUUGAAUGUGUCCGGACGCCUGUGGAUGGUGCAGAAGGAGAAUAAUGGAAAUUCAUGUGAACACCUGACAUCAACAUGUCUGGCAUCAUGUGUUGAGUGUAUCUGGCUAUCGGAUUCCCACAAGACACACAUAAAGGAAUCACUUUGGCUCUUUUGCGGUGGACACGGAAUGCGAGUCUGGCUUCCUGGUGAUUCUGGGCAUCGCAGUCACAGACAUACUUUUAUGUCCAGGAGGAUUAUGCUAUCUUUCACGCUUCGUGUUUAUCCAUUAGUGAUCCUCUUUGAAGAUGCAAUAAUUCUUGGGGUUGAAAAUGAUACGGUUCUCUAUACAAGCGACUCUAGUCUUCACUUUUCUCUUCCAUUUUGUGUACUAGAAAGAACGAGUCAAGUGUAUUUACAUCAGAUUCUUCGACAAUUGAUUCGACGCAAUCUCGGGUACAAUGCCUGGGAGAUUGCCCGGAGUUGUACAAAUUUGCCAUAUUUUCCGCAUUCUCUGGAACUACUCUUGCACGAAGUUCUCGAGGAGGAGGCCACAAGCAAAGAACCGAUUCCCGAUGCCCUAUUGCCGAGUGUAUUGGAAUUUAUACAAGAAUUUCCCGUCUACUUGCAGACGGUGGUUCAAUGUGCUCGUAAAACGGAAAUUGCGCUCUGGCCCUAUCUUUUUGCGACAGCCGGGAAGCCAAAAGAUCUCUUUCAGCAAUGCUUGGCGUCAAAGCAACUCGAAACAGCAGCCAGUUACUUAAUAAUUCUUCAGAAUUUGGAACCUUCGUCAAUUAGUCGGCAAUAUGCAACUUUGCUGUUAGACACGGCACUGGAGCAGAGCAAGUGGGAGUUGGCUCGAGAUCUUGUGCGUUUUCUAAGAGCUAUUGAUCCCAAUGAUGUGGAAUCUCCUCGAACUUCUUUUGUGAUGGGCCAAAAACUUGGUUUAAGCUCACCAACAACCCCAGUUAGUCCAAAUGCUGAAGAUCUUAGUCUCAUAAUGGGCUCAAUGGCACGUGGUCGAAGUUUUUCCACCACAAUGAAUCCCAAACAGCAGCCAGGAGAGCCGAGUUUGAAUACAUCGCCAAAUAGUACAAAGGAGAAGACACCACCGUCUUCGGUGACGGUUCAAAAGAGGAAGAAGAGUGUGCCGCAUACGCAAAAGGAAAAGGAUUCUUCCACAGCUGAAGACUUCUUCAUCGAUGUGAUUCUGCAGAGGCAUGCCAGGAGACUGCUGCAGGAGAGGAAAUUGGAAGAAUUGGGUUACAUGAGUGCUGCAUUGGAUUUCCAUUUGGUUGGGUGGUUGUCGCGUGAGAAGGAUCGAGCAGCGAGAAUUGAGGACUUUGUGGCUGCUCUUAAGCAAUUGCAUGAAGAUUUAGAGUGGCCUAAGCCGAGCUUGGAGCUAAAACUCAAUCCUAAUGCCGAUAGAUCCAAUCAGACUCAAGAGAGUCCUAGUUAUUCUCUUCAGUCACUUAAAAUUGAAACGAAUAUGGGUGCUAGUGAUUCAGGGUAUACAAGUCUUCCUGGCCAACAGACAUCACUCGAAAUGCCUGUGUCCUUUGACGAUGGACCUCUUAAGGUCCAUCGUCGGGACAGCAGUUCAAAGUUGCUCUUGAAGACUGCGACAGCGAGCACUGAGGUAAAACCUCAUGUCAGCAACAAUAACAAUGUUGAUGGGCGAAAGCCCAAAUUGCCCAGCAUCUCAGAGGCUGAGGCAAAACUUGUGCCAAUGAUGGAGAAUAUGAGUGUGACGUCGGAACAGGUGUCGUUCUGGGGCGAUGAGAAUUCCAAUGCAUUCACCCCAGAUAUAGAACAUCAAGCCUUUGCAAGUCCUACGCUGCCGAGUGUUGAGGAGGAACCAAAGGCAAAGAGUGUACCUCAUAAGUUAGAGGUGAAAAUGCGAUAUUUGCUCCAGAUAUUCACAGAAGCGGGAUGUCUGGAGUUUUCUCUGCUCCUCUCCAUCCUUCUACUCGAUGCAGCUUCUAUUUGUCGCAUUACAAAUGCAGCAGUUCGUACGGGUUCCCUUCAGCUCUGCCGGCAACUUCGCAACGGACUGAAGGAUAUCAUGAGAUGGAGUUUCCAGGAAUGUUUGGGAUAUAGAUCUUUUGCCAUCACACUUCAACCGCAAAUCUAUCAAUUGGACAAAUUUGUUCUGCAAAAGGAAUCAAUUCCACCAUUGCAAUUUGUCUCCUACAAUCCCGCACAAAACUACCAAAUGACCCCAAUUCCCAAUUCAGAUAAAGUCGACUCAGCAACAAAGAAUACUCAAUCGUCAAUUAAAGUGGAUCAUCAGGCAUUCGAUCAGAUGCUGGUGAAGAGCAACAGUGUAGUGGAUAGGAGCACAGCACCGAAGACUGAGUCAAUUAGUAGCGAUCGUGAGGAAUCCACUCAAACCAAUCCAGCCAAUUCUUCUGUGUUAUCUUUCAACGAUUUGCCAAAGCCUGAGAGUACUGGUUGUGUCCUAAUGUAAAUAUGCAGGAAACUAAUUGCUGUGCAGAAAUUCUUAAGGACGUUCCAGGGAGAUUUAUGGGAUAGAGAGAAUUUAAAAAAAAAGUAUACACAAAUAAUCCCUUUUGUUGAACAAUUUUUGUGCUUACAAUUUCUCUUUUGCAUCGUUUGGAGGAUUAAAUUGAACAAAUUGUGCAAUACACCGAAAAAAGUUUAUAUUUGAUUGGGAAAAUCUUAAAAAUUUUCUGAUCCUUUUUUCUCGCGGGGUAAAAGAGAAAUUGUAAGAUGACUCAUAUUUAUUGUGCAAGCAAUAUUUUUGUUAAUUGAAUACAACUCCCAGUUAAUUUUUA